AUGCCGAGCAUAUUCUCCUACCAAAGCGCCGAAGUCGACUGGUGUGAAAGUAACUUUGAGCACUCGACGAUCAUUGCGGAGUACUACAACACCAUCAGCAAUGUAAGCUUCUUUGUCCUUUCUCCUGCCCUGCUCUACCUGAACCGGCAGUACCAUCAGCGGCGUGCCUUGCCCUUGUAUUUCGUUUCUGGCCUGCUCUUCUGUGUAGGUAUCUUCUCCGUGUACUUUCACAUGACCCUGAGCUAUGUGGGGCAACUCUUGGAUGAGCUCUCCAUCCUCUGGACACUGGCUGCAGCAUAUUCCUUUUGGUACCCAAAGGUUUACUUCCCCAGGUGCAUCAAGAGCAGGAAGCAUUUCUUCUGGCUGAGUGGUGUCACCACUAUGAUCAGUACACUGAUGUCCUUCAUCAAACCAGCACUCAAUGCCUACGCGCUCAACUGCAUUGCCUUCCACCUGCUGUACCUGAUGUGUCGUGAGCUGAAAAAGUGCAACGACAGAAGGGUUCACCGGAUGGCCGUAGUGAUGGUCAUGUUGUGGGUAGUGGCCAUCAGCAGCUGGAUAAGCGACAGAUGGCUCUGCGGGCUCUGGCAGGCGAUCAGCUUCCCCUACUUGCACAGCUUCUGGCAUGUGCUGAUAGCCUUGUCCCUCCUCUACUGCUGCCCACUGGUCGUCUACUUUGAUGUCAACUAUGAGAUGCCAUCGCUCAAGCCAAAGAUAGAAUAUUGGCCCAGCGACUCCUGGCCUGUUGUGGUGCCUUACAUCGCCCUGGAGGAACGCAACAAGCAGUGUUAG